AUGUCUUCUCCAUCCAAGAACCCGCUUCGCCCGAUCAGCUCCACCGCCACCACUAACCUCUCUAGCAAUCCCAACACAUCCAUCAACACCACUAACACCACCAAGCCCAUCGAAAACCAGUGGUCCAUGCCUUCGGCAGUUCUCUCCCCAUGCCAGGCCUUUCCGGCCCAGCCAAUGAACCAAUCGCUCAAGGACGCCGGCCUCAUGGUCGGUAUUAAGCUUGACCCUGAAGCCGAGGUUCACCUCACGGCGAGGAUCCGAGGUGACAUCCUUGUUGGGCUAUACUAG